AUGGAUUUUUGGGGAGUCAGACGUAUUCUGUUUUCCUAUGUACUUUUCAGCAUAUUCAUCACACUGCAAACUAAAGAAGAGGUGCUUCUGGACAUGAAGGCGUCCGGCAGUGAGCUGGGCUGGUUAACGUGGCCCUUUGAACAAGGAGACAAGCAAGGCUGGGAGGUGGUCCAGAGGUCUCUAAAUGGGUCUCAGUUCUACUCUUAUUCCGUCUGCAACGUCGGGGAACGAGACCAGGACAACUGGCUCCGCACCACGUUCAUCCAGCGGCGCCCGUCCGCCUCACGGGUGUUCGUGGAGCUCAUGUUCAUCGUGCGGGACUGCAACUCGUUUAACGGCGCCUCGCUCACCUGCAAGGAGACGUUCAACCUCUACUCCUCUGAGGCAGACGCUGAUGUGGGCACCACCUUCCGCAAGGGCCAGUUCAAGAAGGUGGCUACCAUAGCGCCCGACGAGAUCACCAGCAAAAGUGAGCUGCGUAUCAACACCGAGACCCGAGUCGUGGAGAACCUGUCUCGAAAAGGCUUCUACUUGGCCUUCCAGGACAUCGGCGCCUGUGUUGCCCUCCUCUCCGUCAGGGUCUACUACAAAACCUGCCCAGCCACGGUGAAGAAUCUCGCGCUGUUCCCCGAGACGGUAGCCGGGGGUGAAAACCAGGCGCUGAGGGAAGUCAGCGGGGUGUGUGUGGAGAACGCCAUCAAUGAGGAGAUGCCUCGCAUCUACUGCACUGUGGACGGGGAGUGGGCAGUGCAGGUUGGGCAGUGCCAGUGCAAGCCAGGCUAUGAGGAAGUCAAAGACGCAUGCCAAGAAUGUCAGCCCGGCUCCUUCAAAGCAUCGGCGUCCAGCGGGAUGUGUGAGCCGUGUCCCACCAACACCCACGGGCUGGAUCCGGGGGCGUUGUUCUGCCCUUGUGUGGACGGUUUCUUCCGUGCCCCCGAGGACCCCACUACCGGACCUUGUUCAGGCCUGCCCUCUGCUCCACGAGACCUGUUGGCCACCACCACGCAGCUCUCCACGGGUAAACUCCUCCUCUCCUGGAGCCCGCCUGAAGACACUGGAGGCCGCAGCGACAUCACCUACAGCGUGGAGUGCCAGCGCUGUGAGGGCACCAUGUGCCAGCCGUGUGGAGAGAAGAUCCGCUACGAGCCAGCCAGCACUGGUUUGACCGACACCAGGGUCUCUGUGAGCGAGCUGGACGCCCACCUCAACUACACCUUCAUCGUGGAGGCUCACAGUGGAGUGUCCCAGUUUGCCAGCCAGGGAAACCCCGGGGCAAACAAACAGCCUCCCUCCACCACACUGACCACCACGCUCCACUACACAGACCCUCCCAAGGUUACAUCCAUGCGCCUGGAUGAGAGGACCCACACCAGCCUCUCCCUGUCGUGGGCUGUGUCCCCCCGGCCGCGGGCUCCGUCACGACCCAUUCGCUUCGAACUCACUUAUCGCAAGAAGGAUGACAACCUGGACGUGACCACGUACACGGUGCUGAUCCUGGAGAAGAGCUCGGUCCAGAUCAACGAUCUGGCCCCAGGCACAGCUUAUCAGUUCAGGGUCCAGGCCCUCAGCAGUGAGGGCACCCCUGGAGGCUCAAGCAUGGAGAACGAGUUCGAGACCUUGUCUGAUGCUUCACCACACCUGGCUCCAAACAACACCACGGCCAUCUUCAGUGUGGCAAUCGGAGGAGCGGCCAUGUUGUUCAUCGUCGUAGUGGUCCUCCUUAUCCGCAAAUGGAGGAGAAACUCUCAUGCAAGACAAGGACCCGAGGACACCUACUUUUCCAGCUCAGAGCAACUGAAGCCUCUGAAGACGUACGUGGAUCCGCAUACAUACGAGGACCCCAAUACAGCCAUCCUCAAGUUUGCCAGUGAAAUCCACCCGAGCCACAUAACCAAACAGAAAGUCAUCGGGGCUGGGGAGUUUGGCGAGGUGUAUCGUGGGAUUUUGAAGGUGCCGGGAAGGAAGGAGGUUGCAGUGGCCAUCAAGACGUUGAAACCGGGCUACUCCGAGAAGCAGAGGCAGGACUUCCUCAGUGAGGCCUCCAUCAUGGGGCAGUUCUCCCACCAGAACAUCAUUCGCCUGGAGGGGGUGGUCACGAAAUUCAAACAUGCCAUGAUUGUGACUGAAUACAUGGAGAAUGGAGCGUUGGACAAGUACCUUCGGGACCACGAUUGUGAGAUGUCAUCCUUCCAGCUGGUGGGCAUGAUGCGUGGGAUCGCCGCAGGUAUGAAGUACCUCUCUGAUAUGAGCUACGUUCACCGUGACCUGGCUGCCCGCAACAUCCUUGUCAACAACAACCUGGAGUGCAAGGUUUCUGACUUUGGCCUGUCCCGAGUGUUGGAGGACGACCCAGAAGGGACAUAUACCACUAGUGGCGGUAAGAUCCCCAUUCGUUGGACCGCUCCCGAGGCUAUAGCAUACAGGAAGUUCACCUCUGCAAGCGACGUGUGGAGCUUUGGUAUUGUCAUGUGGGAAGUUAUGGCCUUCGGGGAGCGGCCUUACUGGGACAUGAGUAACCAUGAGGUGAUGAAAGCCAUCAAUGAGGCCUUCAGGCUGCCAGCGCCGAUGGACUGUCCUUCAGCGGUGUACCAGCUCAUGCUGCAGUGCUGGCUGCAGGACCGAUCCAAGAGGCCUCGCUUCCCCGACAUAGUCAGCCUGCUGGACAAGCUGCUGCGGAGCCCUGACUCCCUUAAGCCCAUCGCAGAUUUUGACCCACGCGUCUCCAUCCGCCUGCCCAGCACCAGCGGUUCAGACGGAUCCCCCUUCAGGUCGGUCUCAGAAUGGCUGGAGUCCAUCAAAAUGAGCCAGUACAGCGAGAACUUCACCUGCGCUGGCAUCGUCACCAUGGACCAGGUCCUACAGAUGAAGAACGAGGACAUCAAGAACAUCGGUGUGAGGUUGCCCGGCCAUUUGAAACGAAUCGCCUACAGCAUCCUGGGUUUGAAAGACCAGACGAGCACGCUGAGUGUUUUUGCGGUGUGAUCUUGACAACAACAAAGGGAGUUUUUACUCGGGCACUGAAGCGGGCAGCCCCUCGGUCCGAACUCUGAACGCUAAGCGGAGCCGGAGCCGGAGCUGCGGAAAUAGCUUUGGAUUUGGCAAAAACAAACGAGAUGAGCCAACCCAAGGGGCAAACUAAAGCAGACUGACAUGCUGUACAUUUUCCUUCUUCUGAGAACUUUACAGAUUACAUUUACAAAUUUAUCUCGUCCAAUUGGGAAUCAAGCAAAUAUUACAGUAAUAAAUGCUUCAAGUAGACUGUGCAUACUUAAAUAUAUAUUUUUAUUACUCAUGCCUUUUGUACAGAUACAAGUCACUGUUCAUGUGUUUCCCGUUUUCAUUUCUAGUCCCGCUUUUAUCAGUCGAAUCUCUUGAGUGGCCUCAGUCCAUACAAAUUGAAACUCUAUGUUGGUUGCAUCCAGUAUCAAAUAAUUCGGCAAGUACAGUAAGUGUGCUUGUAUGGGAGGAGCAGUUCAUUUCCUGUUGGAUCAAUGAAGAUGGAGCGGGCUGAGAUGAGCUUGGGCUUGCCGAAGGCUUAAGAAUCGGAGUUGAUAUAUGAACGCAGAAAAACCAGCGAGCUGGCUGUUAUCGGUUUACUGUGACACCUGCCGCUGGUUUUAUCAGAUAUUAAGCUAUGAUCAUAUAAAUCAAGUUCUAUGAAAAAGAGAGGACAUAAUAAGGUACCGUUCAUGUCCAGCGUCUGCAGAAAUGAUUAUUUUCAGGGUGAUACCAAAAAUAAUUGGGUUAAAGAACUCCGCUUAUAAUGUAGCACUUGAUUAAGAAUUGUGGUCGUAUGUUAUCCCAUAUGAUAAUGAUGAUGAUGAUGAUAACGACAGUGAUAAAUGAUAAUCUCUGUGGUUGUCCUUUAAUCGGGAGUGAAAAUGCCGUUGAAAGGGAUUGAAAUGUUGCGUAAGUAAGGAAAACGUUGGAAUGAAGUGGGUACUUGCCAGUUAUAUAACAAACUGGUGGUGAAGAGAGAGGAAGAAAGUGACCACAUUACAGAUGCCGAAGAAAAAAAAACUGGUCUAAUGACAAGGACUCUUGUGAUGCAAUUUGAUAUGAGAUUUUUUUAAAUUUUUUUUUUGGUAUGUAAUUUCAAAGUUUGGUUUUUCUGUCUUACAGCAGAGCCUAGAUGAAGCUUCUGUGAUUCUGAAUUUGGUUCUUCAUGUUUCUGUUGAGGUACAUCGUUGUAGGAAGACACAAAGUGCUGUAAUGUUCCAGGCGACACUUGAGGCUCGAUGUAAGGCUGUCCGUUGCAUGUAUUCAAUUACAUUCUGAAGUGCCUGUUUUACGGGAGGACCGCACGGGUCGUCCCCGUUCGUAGGCAGCGGACGGUCUAUCCAACCCUCUUAAAGAUGACUGCAAAUCAUUUUCUAACUAAUGUACACCCUUUUUUACUUGAAUUUUUGCUGUAUUAUUUACCUUAGUUAGUAGACCUAUCGUUGGAAAAGGGAUAUUUUCUUCUUCGUUGUCUUUUUUUUUUUACCUUUUUGUAUGAUUUGACUAUCUAUUACCAGGCAUAUUUGGCUAACUUUCAAAUCACUGUUCAGUUUAGAUAGUUUUCUUUAAGAGAUGUUUGCUACCUUUCCAGAUAUUGUGGGAGUUCCAUUAGGGGGAAAAAAAAAAGCAAAAAUCUUCCUUGUUUUAUACUGUAUUUAAUAGUCUAUUUAUUUUUGACUUUCUAUUUAUUUGUCGCAAUAAACACUGAGUUGGGAUUAUGAUUAAAUGUUGUUUUCUCAGUCAUGAUAAGAACAUUUGAUGUUCCCUUUUUGUUGAUUAGACAUUUCCUCCAUUGCAUUUGCAGAGCAAUAAAAAUGAA